AUGGACCCAAUUCGACCGGAAUUCGAACUUUUGGACUCAGCAGGACUUGAGUACCACCGUUGGGUAGCUGAUGUGGAAACCACCUUUGUGGCAAAGGACUUCACCUCCACUAUCGAGCCAUCUGCCGACGCUUCUCCGGCAACUGAAAAAAACAAAGUUAAUGCUCCUAUGUUCCUCAAGAGGCAUAUCGAUCCUAACCUGCGUUGGGGUUAUCAUCACUUGAAGACACCAAAAGAUCUAUGGGAUGCUCUCGAUAGCCGGUUUGGGAACAUUCAUGAUUCCUUAAUACCACAAUUAAACGUCUUGUGGAACGAAAUACGGUUUCUCGAUUAUGUAAAAGUGAAUGAUUUCCAAAAAGAAAUGCUGCAAAUUUAG